GGUGCUGGAGCAGUGGGUCGGUACCUCCUCUCAGGACCGUUAUCUGGUCCGGCUCUCUCAACGCCCCAGAAUCAUCUAUGCCUCUAAGAACCUGACCCCGCACCCCGCCCGUGCCCCUCCUUGGGACGCCGAGCCUCCUCUCCCCAGGGACCGUGCAUUCCUGCAGUGUCAGAACCGCUGGCAGCUGCCGCAGACGCUGGCGGAGCGAUUGUUUUACCGCGAACAGAUAAACGAAUCCUGAACAUUGCAGUUGUUCUAUUGUUGUGCAAGAAUGGAGGCCCCACUGGUGAGUUUGGAUGAAGAAUUUGAGGACCUUCGGCCCUGCUGCUCGGAGGACCCAGAAGAGAAGCCACGGUGUUUCUACGGCUCAUCUCCCCACCAUCUAGAGGACCCCUCCCUCUCUGAGCUUGAGAAUUUUUCUUCUGAAAUAAUCAGCUUCAAGUCCAUGGAGGACCUGGUGAAUGAAUUUGAUGAGAAGCUCAAUGUCUGCUUUCGGAACUACAACGCCAAGACCGAGAACCUAGCUCCCGUGAAGAACCAGUUCCAGAUCCAAGAGGAGGAGGAGACUCUGCAGGAUGAGGAGGUUUGGGAUGCUCUGACAGACAAUUACAUCCCUUCACUCUCAGAAGACUGGAGGGACCCAAACGUGGAGGCUCUGAAUGGCAACAGCUCUGAAACUGAGAUCCAUGAGAAAGGAGAGGAAGAGUUCAAUGAGAAGAGUGAACAUUAUUCUGGAAUCAGUGAGGAGCCUCUGCUCACAGCAGAUCAGGUGAUUGAGGAGAUUGAGGAAAUGAUGCAGAACUCCCCAGACCCUGAGGAGGAAGAGGAUGUUCUAGAAGAGGAGGAUGGGGGAGAAACCUCCUCCCAGGCGGACUUGGUCCUCCUGCAGGAGAUGCAGGCCUUGACCCAGACCUUCAACAACAACUGGUCCUACGAAGGACUGAGGCACAUGUCUGGGUCUGAGCUGACAGAGCUGCUGGACCAGGUGGAGGGCGCCAUCCGAGACUUUUCAGAGGAGCUGGUGCAGCAGCUGGCCCGCCGGGACGAGCUGGAGUUCGAGAAGGAAGUGAAGAACUCCUUCAUCACGGUGCUCAUCGAGGUGCAGAACAAGCAGAAGGAGCAGCGAGAACUGAUGAAGAAGAGGCGGAAAGAGAAAGGGCUGAGCUUGCAGAGCAGCCGGAUAGAGAAGGGAAGCCAGAUGCCACUCAAGCGCUUCAGCAUGGAAGGCAUCUCCAACAUCCUGCAGAGCGGCAUCCGCCAGACCUUUGGCCCCUCAGGAACUGACAAGCAGUACCUGAACACGGUCAUCCCUUACGAGAAGAAGGCCUCGCCCCCGUCGGUGGAAGAUCUCCAGAUGCUGACAAACAUUCUCUUUGCCAUGAAGGAGGAUAAUGAGAAGGUGCCCACUUUGCUGACGGACUACAUUUUAAAAGUGCUCUGUCCUACCUAACCUUGCCCUUGGGAGCAGCCUUGCUGCGGAGGUCACUGAGCAAGAGUCAUCCCACCGCAGGGACUGCAUGACACCACGUAGCCUCCGCCGUGUAUUUAAACGUGUAUAGCUUAACCUGGAUUAAACAUGAGCAAAUGCGCGGGGUCCUCUGCUGUUGGCUUCUAGUCCUAGUAACCAUUGGAUGCAUGACCGAGGGGCAGGGCUGGUGACGUCACCUCCUCUCUGCCUGUGUCGGAGGGAGGUAGACGCUGUCGCCACUCAUGGUGUAGUCUGGCUCCAGCCCUCAAAAACAGCUUCCACCCUAAGACUAAUUUUGAAAUAAACCUUCAUUUAAUUAAUA